CCCUCCCUCCCCUCACGUGAAUACCUGUUUCCUUUCAUCGCCCGUCUCUCCAAGGGUAUCGCUCUCCUAGGUCAUCGUCGCUGCCCACAUCUUCAUCCUCGACCAUCUCCAUCCCAACAACCACCCGCAAACCCCGCGGCACCUACGCUCAGACCCAUCCACCUCUUCACCGGCAUAUCCUCCCCUCUUCACCGUCUCCUCCAUCACUCUUCCCUCGUCCGCUCCGUUCCGCAGUGCGCGCCAGGACUUCUCCCCCACCCGUUCUCAAGCUGGCCAACUACGCGACUCCGCCAGUGUCGCCCUCGGCGUACAGGGCCGUCGAAGCACCCUUCCCUCUGCAGCUCAAGAACCGGCUCGGUGGGAUGGACAAUGAGAGACGAGCACGGCAGAACCCGUCGUCAGGUUACGCGAGCCAGCAAGGCACGCUGCUCCAGCCACAAGCUUCCUAUCCCGUGUUUGUCCCCUCAUCCAUCCAGCAGCCCAGCGUCUCGUACGGAGCGCAGGACUAUGCAGCGGGCGAGCAGCAGCAGCAGACACCGCAGCGCGCAUCCCAACAGUACCAGCAGUACGGCCAGAGCGUCAUGUACCCGGGCUCUGCAGGAUCCGCGUCACAGUAUGAGCCAGUACAACCGUACCAGCAGAACCGCGAAUCGGCCAUUGAGGUCUUGGGCACCAACUUUGGAGUAGCACAACCGCAAUACUACGGCGAGGGGGGUCCCACGAGCGCGCCUACCGCUGCCAUUACGCCGCAGAACCUCCCCUCUCAGUACCCCUCGCUGGCUUAUACAACAGCACAGCAGGCCCCCGUCGGACGCGAGUCGCUUGCCCCCACCUAUUCCGCUGCCGCUGGCAUGACAGACCCGCACCCUCCCACCGCCUCGAGCGGCUACUCGCAGCAGCCUGCUGCUUAUGCUGACCAGCAGUCGCAGCGCCAGUCGUCCUCGGGCAACGAGUACGAUGACUUCUACAACAACUACCAGGGUGAGCUCAAGAAGACGUUCGAGUACAUCCGCGACGACCGUCUGGCGGAAGCUGCCCCUUCGCUGUUCCGCCUCUCCGACUGGCUGCUGCACUGGGCCGAAACACUGGGCCUAGUACGCGAUGACGAGAACCAUCAUAGCCAACGCCUCACGCUAUGGGAGGAAUUUAACCACUGCUGGUUGUCCCUCUUGCAGAAGCAGAAGGAGCUGGUGGAGAAGAUGGCCGCCACCGGGCAGCGUCCUCAGCAGCCGCAGUCGAUUGUGGACUACGAUUUCCUCGAGAAGAUGGGCACCCAACUCGUGAAAAACUGCGACAACAUGGAAAAGCAUGGGCUGGUGGAUUACCAGAUGGGCGUCUGGGAAGAGGAGAUUAUUGCCAUGAUAACCGCGUGUCUCGAUCAACUGGAUGAAAUGGGCGCAGGCUCCUCUUCACAGCGCACACCUGCAGCAUCAUCGUCCCGAAGACGAUAA